UAUAGCAGCAAUAAUAUGCGAGUGAAAUUGGAAGCUUUCAUUUAAAUCCUGAUCAAGCCAAAAUCUGAUUCAUGUUAAUGCUUAUAUGAUUUGUGAAUUAAUUAAUGCCGGUUGGACGCUGCAUUCAGCUUUGAGAUAAACAGAUACUCGCAACAAUCCCGCCCAAAUUUCUUCAAAGCAUUUUAGAUAAUUAAGAAGUAGCAACAACGUCAAUGGCAUUUGAGCAGCGUUGUUUUAGAUGUGGAGUUGGUCAGUUGAUCUUAAAAGAAGAGAAAAAAACGUAUGGUACAGGACAUUCUUGUGCUGUGUGCAAGCAGCACGUAAUGGGUCUUAAUUAUUACAUUUGCAAGGGGUGCUACAGCUUCUUUCAUAAAUCAUGUGGCGAACUACCCCGAGAGAUGCAGCAUCCGUUGCACCCGGAACAUACCCUUGAAAUCACUGGAAGAUAUUAUAGGAAAAAAUGCCAUGGCUGCUGUGAAGAAUGGAUCGGCGACAACCUAUAUGAGUGUUCUCACUGCAAAUUUUAUCUUGAUCCAAAAUGCGCUUUUCUCCCCCUCACCAUAAAAGCUGAAAGUCAUGACCAUCAUUUGAUCCUCCUUCGAAAAUCAUUCCCGUUCACUUGCGAUACUUGUGGGAAAGAAAGCAAGUGCAUGUCCUACUUUUGUAUCACCUGCUCAUUCGUAGUUCACACACAAUGCGCUCUCAUUCCAUCGACUCUCAAAGUAACAAGUCACGACCAUCCUUUGAGUCUGAACCUCAAAUACUCUCCUCAGCUCAACCAAUCCGAGAAUCAGCAAAUUUGCCAGCUCUGUGUUCAAAAGGUGGACACAAAAUACAAAGUUUAUUAUUGCUCGAGUUGUGAUUUUGCUGCACAUCCACGUUGUGCUGCAAAAAUCGACAUCAGGGAUGAAACAUUUGACCCGGAACUCAAAGAUGAUCAACCUAUUGAGACCCACCUUCAUAGGCAUGAUGAAUCGACUGACACAUUAGCUCAAAUUGUCGACAAGAUCAACCCGGGAAACGGAAAAGCUGAAAUCGUCACAGAGAUCAAACAUAUAUGGCAUGAACAUCACUUAAAGCUUGGAGUUGAGUUAGAGAACAAUGAAAAAUGUGACGGGUGUGCACGGUAUCUUUCCUCUUUGCAAUAUUAUUGUUGUUUACAAUGCAAGUUCUUUCUUCACAAAUCUUGUGCUGAUUUACCCAAAAAAAAAUUACACCCACUCCAUAAACAUCCGCUCACCCUCCAACCCCCAAACAAAUUCCAGAAUCCAUACUAUGGCCCUGAAAUCUUUGAGUGUGGUGCUUGUUAUAGAUAUUGUAAUGGUCUCGUAUACAGAUGCAAUGGUUGCAACUUUGACCUCGAUGUCCCUUGUAGUUUGAUACCAACCAAAUUUACCCAUGAGGGUCAUGAGCACCCACUUUUUCUAAUUUUGAGCUCAGACAAUAAAGGUCAAGGCAAAUGUACCUCCUGUGGAAAAUAUUCUAGAAGGCGGUUGAUACGUUGUGCUGAUUCUGAAUUUUCUAUGGACAUGAGAUGCGCUACACGACCGCUUACCACAAAAUAUGGGCACUAUGAGCAACCCUUCAUACUCUCUUACACUGUUGAGGAUCAUAACUCUGAUGGCUAUUACUGUGAUAUUUGCGGGAAAGAGCGGGAUCCGAAGCAUUGGUUCUACUAUUGUGAAGAUCUCCAAUUUGCUGCUCAUCCAGAUUGUAUUAUGGGUAAGUUGCCACAUAUGAAGUUUGGGCGCACUUACACAUACGACGUCCACGAGCAUCCUCUAACUUUUGUUAAGAGGACCACGGAUCAUCCUAAGUGUCAAGUUUGUGGUGGAACAUACGAUCCAUUUAUCCUUGUAUGUGACAAAUGUGAUCAUUUCGUUCUUGAUCGUUUUUGUUUGUGGGACAUGAUGAUCGAGAAGAAAAGACAUAUAUAAUAUAUGGCUGCUGCGCGAGCAUGCAAGCAUCUAGUAGCUACGUGCAGAUUGAAAUUGGAAGCAUGCAGGUAGCUAGCUAGCAUCUACAGUACUACUCUGUCUUGGGCGGGUGAAUAAAAUCCUCCAUCAUGAGGUUAUUGAUGAUGAUGAUGAUGGUGAAAGAAUAUUGCAAUAUUAUGGAUUUUAGACAUUAUAAAUUGAAUGGUAGGUAAUGAAGAUGAUGAUAUGAUGCAUGGAUGGUUGUAAAUCAAUAUUAUUAUACAUAUGGUGUUGUAACGUACUACUAGUACUGGUAUUUAAUUAAUAAAUAAAUUAUUGUGUUUGAAAUA